GCGCGCCGCUUCUUCAGAACCUAGAGGAAAGUGUGAUACUGUUCUCUUUGUGCCUGGUCCAGAGGAAGAGCACACUCCAGGAGCUAGGUCUAGUAGAGUUCUUCAAGCACAUGCUCGAAGAGCAGGAGGUGGCAAUAAACAUCAUGUGCCAACGACGAUUUAUUUCUACGAUUCAGCUAGUCCCACGAGUCCUCCCUCUACAACACCAUCUUCUGUCGAUCUCGCGGGAGCUCCGAAACCCCAUCCUUUUCACUUUGACCAAGUUUUUCAUUCUCCUAUUCAGCACAAUCUUCAAAAGGAGUCUCGUCCGGGAGUAUCCGCAAGUCAUGUGGGUAACAGCACAAAAUCUCAUCAGCAAGAGGACGUCUUCGCAGCUGUGCAGCCUACAAUCGAAGCUGUCGCUUUGGACGGGGUGAAAGCCAGUAUUUUCUGCUAUGGGCCUAGUGGAUCGGGGAAGACGUACACUAUGUGUGGCAAAUUAAGGCUCAACUUUCCUUGGUCACCAUUUAGAUUGGGGUCACUGAGAUCGAAGAAGCGACCCAUUGAGCGACCAGGGGAAAAUGAAGGGAAAAGGGGACGAGAGCUUUGAAGGUGGUCGCUUCCGUUCAGUAUCAGUGGCCACUGACUGCUGACCUUUAAGCAAACAGGCUGAGCCAGGGAUUGCGCCACGCGCAGUCGAAUUGUUGUACCGGCAUCCGGAUUUGAGAGGCGAAAAAAUCUCUUUGUUGUGUGUUGAAGUCAGGUGUGAUCAACAGCAUCAAACUUCUUCGGGUCCAUCAUCAUCAAGCGUAUCUUCAACGUCGAGUAACAUAACCGACUUGCUUUCGGGAGUACCAGUGAAGACGACAAGUUCGGCGCCACAGCACUUUGCCUCGUCUAUGAACAACAGUUCAUCUGGCAGCACUUCCGCAUCCGCAGCGUCAUCUUCAAGUACUUCUUCAUCUAGAAUUAUUCCGGUAACAAGCUUCUCUCCAGAUCCAGUUGUUCAUCCUGAAACCGAGACAGAAGCACUAGACUUCAUUCGAAAAGCGUUUGCUAGAAGACACACCGCCAGUACGAAAACGAAUCCAGAUGGCAGUAGUCGGUCUCAUGCGCUGAUUCAGUUUCGAUUUUUGAAGAGUCAAGGCGUGUUGAACUUAGUGGAUCUGGCAGGCUGUGAGCGCUAUAGUGGAGGAGGUGAUGGAGCAGGAACGUGCCAAAGUGGUGGAACAAACUACAGUUCCACAAGUUCUGCUAUUAAGGCUGUACCUAGUAAGUAAUACAUCUUUGGACGCUCCUGCAUCGAUCCUUGAUGAAAUGUAGUAUGGAGGACGAGGAGUAUCCCUCCAGUUGUAAGGGAUGAACAUAUAAUACUCGUACUCCCCCAUAGUAAGUACUUUUCAAGGAUGCAGCACUUGAAAAAUCAUGAAUUAAAUGGACAGCUCUAACACAAGUUCGGCUACCAUUGGCAUCAACACCUCUCUCUCCACUCUAGCAAGAUGCUUCCGCUCAGUGACCAGGGACACGAUUUUGCCUCCAGUACGGGACUCGACGUUGACGUGGAUUUUACAGGAUUGCUUUUCAAGCGAAGCGGGAAAGAAGAGUUACAUCUCGCUAAUUCUAUGCAUUGCGCCAGAAGCGGUUAAUAGAGCGCAGACGAAGUGUGCUUUACAAUUUGCGCAUCAUUGUAGCUUGGGAAGAUAAACACGACAGAUGAAAAGUUGUGUUUUUUGCUUGAUGUGGGAAAUAUUAGUAUGUGAUGUUGUGCCAAGAAAAAUACCAUAGUUGUACCCUUCGUACUCAUGUUGAAAAUGAUUCCUUUCGCACGUAUUGAUCAAAAUCUGACCUAAAGGACAAUGCUUUGCUGUACUACCUGCUGUCGAAGACAUCAGCAUCACGCAAGAAACUGGUACCCUUCAUGCGCAUCGAUUUUGCUUCUAGUUGAAUACUUGAUGUGACCUUGACCUGUUGCCAAAUGAGAAAAAAGACAUCAGCCUCUGCAUUACGAUUACGUACAAACAGCGUCAAGGAUCUCAAUUGCAGCGAAUAAGAGAUCAUCUUCUUUGAAACUAUCCUCAACAUUCUGAAGUUCUCGCUAUGAUGGGUACAACUGCAAAGAUGAAGAAGGCCAUGUCAAGGCUUGAGUUCUAUUUCACGUAGAUGAAGACCAUCACUAUUUUACGUAGAUGACCAUGCGAGAUGAGCAACAUGAGACUGAAAGUACUAGGUACUACUAACAUGAUGAAACGACCACAGUGAUGUGCUCAAGGCAA